AUGGCGGGGAACCCCAGCAAGAAACAAUUCACGGUAUUCGUCCGUGUACCGGGUAAGCGUGGUGACUUCGUUGAUCCACCCCAAGUAAAUUGGAAUGCUUCGAAAGACCAAGCCUUAUGGGACCUUCUCUCCCGGCCCUCGAAAGAUGAUAUUGAUUGGAAAGAACUGGCCGAGCACUUUGGCGUCACCCUUCAAUUCCUUCAUCAGCAAGCCGCAUGCCUUUAUGAUCGGCAAUUCUCUCAAGUUAGAGCCCAGAUGCGCAAAGUAGCACCGGCCACUCAGUCUCAGUCAAAUUCGCCUUCACCGGGCCCAGGAUCUGCAUCUGGAAGCUUGGCACUAGGUGGACAGGUUGCAGGAGUGCCUCUAUUGAGUGGACCUCGAGCACCAUCUCGGCAGAUAAGCAGCCAACAGGAAGCACCUCAGCGAGUGCUCGGUGGUACGGGUAGGCGUACCAGCUCAACCUCGACAACUACCAUCAAUCAGGUUCACAAUAAUCAGGACAACGCGCGCAUUGGAACCCCGACAGCUGAGUAUACUGACCCCAAGCGCGACCAGCUUCCUUACAGGCCGUCGGUUACCAGACCAGAACCACCGGCCACUUUUAUGCGCUCACCCCCUCUUCAAGAAGAAGACAGCAUUUCCAGCUCAGAAGAAUCCAACUCCGAAGAUGACUCGCCUGGACCAGCUCCAUGGCUGAAGCGAUUCGGGCACAUGUCCACCCAUCGACCCAGCCUCGGCGAUUCCGAUGACGGGGACGAUACGCCCGCAUUCCUCCCAUUUACCCGUGAACCCCAGCAGCAGCCCCGGGACCAGCGCAGUCAACACCUCAGCGGAACACUUCGUCUCGACCAAGACCCCCUGAUUGCUCGGCAGCGCCUUCGAAACCGAGCGGAUGCUCCCCCCCGCGCGCCAUCCGAAUCCCCAGCAAGCUCAAUCAGCUCUGGAGCGCCAGCAGCCGGCCCACCGGGUGAACGCCAUCGCAAUGGCCGACUAGGACCGCGAGUAGGUGACCCUCCUAGAAUUACGUCUCAGAGUACUGCUGGAUCUGGAAGAGAAGCCAGCGACGGGACACCCAGUAUGGGAAGCAGCUUCAGCGACUUGGACGGGGCAGAUGCGAGUGUGACUCAAUCUGCGUUGGAGGAAGCUCUAUUGAGCAAUAUGCAGCAUGGAGGCAUGGCGAGCCGCAUGAGCACUAUCAGCCAGGCGCUGAGAAGUCGAUAUUUGCAGUGA